AUGCCCCCACUUGCGGAAGAAUUUGUGAAUAUUGACAACUUGGAGGUCCUUGGAGGGAAGGCAUUUGAUUUUGCCGAAUUGGAGCGUGUUGACCAAGGGAUAAUACCCCAAGUUGCUGUAGAUGAGGUUGAUGUCAUGAAUCAUGAUGGUGAGGAUGAUGGAUGGAACGAGGCGUCAUUGAUGUCUUCGGGAGGACCGUCAUUGAUGUUGUAGAUAGGAAAGUUUCACCGCUAGAGUUAUGCCACUCGGCAGAACCCGUUAUUCU